UAAAAAGGGCCGGGGCCGCCCAACCCUGCAGAUUUGGUCCUGAUUUUCGGGCGCGGGGCGUCCCCUACGAGUCCAGAUCCGCCACGCUGCUGGGGGCCGUCGACGGGGUGUCUUGAUUACUUGGUGUGGGGGGGUCUUUAGGCUGCGGCACUCGAGCGUUGGGGGGCUUUGUGCGCGCGUGCGUGUGUAGCUGUCCAGCCAGCAGCUAAGGCCCCCCGGCCCCGGCUCCCCGGCUCGCUCAGCCCCCGAACCGCCGCGCAGCGGAGAGCCGCGCGCGCCGCCCGCUCGGCGAGGGAUGGAGCAGACGGAGGUGCUCAAGCCGCGGACCCUGGCCGAUCUGAUCCGCAUCUUGCACCAGCUCUUCGCCGGCGAGGAGGUCAACGUGGAGGAGGUGCAGGCCGUCAUGGAAGCCUACGAGAGCGACCCCGCCGAGUGGGCAGCCUACGCCAAGUUCGACCAGUACAGGUAUACUCGAAAUCUUGUGGAUGAAGGAAAUGGAAAAUUUAAUCUAAUGAUUCUCUGUUGGGGUGAAGGACAUGGCAGCAGUAUCCAUGAUCACACUGACUCCCACUGCUUUCUGAAGAUGCUGCAGGGAAAUCUAAAGGAGACAUUAUUUGCCUGGCCUGACAAAAAAUCCAACGAGAUGAUCAAGAAGUCUGAAAGAAUCUUGAGAGAAAACCAGUGUGCCUACAUCAACGAUUCCAUCGGCUUACACCGAGUAGAAAACAUCAGCCAUACGGAGCCCGCUGUCAGCCUCCACUUGUACAGCCCGCCGUUUGACACGUGCCACGCCUUUGAUCAAAGAACAGGCCAUAAAAACAAAGUCACCAUGACAUUCCACAGCAAAUUUGGAAUCCGGAUUCCAUUUACUGCUUCAGGAUCCCUGGAGAACAACUAGGAAGCACCAAAUCCUCUAAGGUUUUCCUCUAAGGUCUGCUACAAGUUUUGCCUUGGACGGGGAGGCCUCUACUGUCUGCUGUCCAACAGUACACUUUGCAAAGCCAAUACCUAGAUCUUCUGCAAGGCGGACACUGAUUGUAGGGCAUCGAGCAAGCAGAUAGUGGCCUGAGCUCCUGCAGAAGAAAAAUCCCACUGAAGGUACAAUAGGCCUCGUAAUUGUAAAGGCCAAAUGGAGUGCUCACUUGGUUUUAUCCUCUAAAUUCAGGGGAACUGCAGUGGGAAUGUCAGUGAAGGUUUUUACAGCUUUUGGAAACGCUUUGGUCCCUGAACUGUAAUUUGCAAUAAAUAAAAACCAGAUACCAUAGACAUCAAA